GCCGCCGCCGCUCCGCUCUGCUCCGCCAUGUCCGCCGAGCCGGCCCCGGCCGCCGCCGCCGCCCCCGAGCACACCCCCGGCCCCGAGCCGCCCGUCGGCGGCGGGGAAGCGGCCGAGCACCGGGCGCUGGUGCUGACGGGUUUCGGCGGCUACGAGAAAGUGAAGGUGCAGACGCGGCGCGGCGCCGACCCGAAGCCCGGAGAGGUCUCGGUGCGUGUCCACGCCUGCGGCCUCAACUUCGCCGACCUGAUGGGGCGGCAGGGGCUGUACGACCGCCUGCCUUCGCCUCCCGUCUGCCCCGGCAUGGAGUGCGCCGGGACCGUCCGCGCCGUCGGCGAAGGCGUCAGCGACCGGCAGGUUGGUGAUAAGGUAAUGGUCCUGGCUAGGUCAGGGCUCUGGCAAGAAGUUGUGAAUGUACCAUCCAGUCAGACCUUCCUGAUGCCUGAAGGGAUGAGCUUCGAAGAAGCAGCUGCUCUUCUUGUCAACUACAUCACUGCCUACAUGAUCCUGUUUGACUUUGGAAACCUGAGACCCAACCAGAGCAUCCUCAUCCACAUGGCUGCAGGUGGCGUGGGAACUGCUGCCAUCCAGCUGUGCAAGACUGUAGAGAACGUCACGAUUUUUGGCACAGCAUCCGCCUCCAAGCAUGACUCGCUGAAGGAGAGCGGAGUCGCUCACCCCAUCGACUACAGAACGAUGGAUUACGCAGAGGAGGUCCGGAAAGUCUCUCCCAAAGGUGUUGACAUCGUCCUGGACCCCCUGGGAGGAUCCGAUACAACCAAAGCAUUUAAUCUGUUGAAGCCGAUGGGCAAAGUCAUCACUUACGGGGUAGCAAACCUGCUCACUGGGCAGAAGAAGAACCUCAUGGCUAUGGCUAAAACUUGGUGGAACCAGUUUAGCAUCAAUGCCUUGCAGCUCCUACACCAUAACAAAGCCGUGUGUGGCUACCACCUUGGAUAUCUGGAUGAAGAAGUUGAGCUUGUUCGGGGUGUUGUAGCCAAGCUGGUUAACCUGUACAAUCAAGGCAAAAUCAAGCCCAAAAUAGACUCUGUAUGGCCCUUUGAUCAGGUGGCAGACGCCAUGAGGCAGAUGCAAGAGAAGAAGAAUGUGGGAAAGGUCAUCCUGGUUCCUGAAGCACCCAAGGAAGAAUCCAAAAAAGAGGAGAACUAAGGAGAAGAGAUGUGUGUAGAUUGUGAAUUCAUGGUUUUUAACUCCCUGAUCUCUUUGAGACUUGGAAAUGGGCAGAUCGUUAGCUUCCAUCUUCACCAGUACAAGAACAUCAUGGUUAAAGUUCAGCUGAGGUUUGCAUGCUCUUAGUGUGACUGACCCUUUGCCAGAUAGGCCUCCUGCUCUCUGUUUUGAAGCCUGUUUGUUUCAUACAUUUUUAUAAUCACUUAUUUCCUUACUGCAUUUCCAAACUAACCUUAUUUUUAUCUGGCAGUGCAGCUGAAGCUUCCAGGCAGUCGAUGAUUAACGACUGCAUAGCCCAUCACUGUAAAGUCAAGAUGUAACAUCCUGCAUCAGCUGCCAAGUAUCUCCACAGAAGCUGAGCCCUGCUUGAAGCACUUGUGCUGUCGCCUUUUAGAGGCUUGUUGAGCAAGAGAACGGGCCAAACUUGGGUUGUUUCCCAACAGCCCAGAGGGAAAACACAGCUUGCCUAGUUUAAUUCCAGCAUGGGCUUACUCUUGUGUUCACACUAACCACACUCUUUCCCCUCUGCUUUCGUAGGCCUCUUAACACCAGUCAGAUAGUAUCAGGUCAUGCUCUCUUUGCCCUGUAAGUAACCAUCUUGGCAUUUUGGAGUCUGUGGCAUAUUGCACUUCAUUUGCAGUCACUUCCUGUGUGCAGUCAGCAAAUAACCUGACAGGCUGGGCCGUGUCUGAAUACAGGUCAAAAAGUUUCAAUUAGGUAACUUGAUCUUGUCCGUUUCCUGAUUUCAAACUGUACAGGGAGAUCUAAACUGUGUCUGAUUAAGUUUGGGGUUGUUUUUUUUUUUUUUAGAGACCAUAAGGACUCGACUGUGUCUCAGAUGACUGGAAAAAAAUUGAUGUUGGCUUUCUGCUUUAUUAAUGUUGGGCUCCGAGUGGAUAUUGUUAAGGCUAAACUUCACCCUCGUGUUUGUAUGUCCAAGGGCUGCAGUGUUGAAUCAGACUUCAGCAAGAUGGGAACAAAAUUAAGCCCCUGUUAAUGCUUGCUUUGUGCUGUGCCCUGUGUGCAGUUUGGGAAGGAACUUGCAAGCAGCAGCCCUGUAAGCUGCUUCCCAGGAGCCUGGGCUGGCUCUCUCUGUGGCACACCACUCUGUAAAGCUAUUGCCAAGUUACCAGUGUAGGUGGUAAGCUGCCCAGCACUGUGUCAGUCUUCUUGGCCUGGGCAUCUUGGGUAGUUUAAAUCGUGAUUUCCAUUCUCUUCUUGUUGGAUGUCCACUUAAACCAGCUCUCACCUUGUGGUUCAGCGCUGCAGUAGGGCUUGACUCUUCUUUCCCUGAAACUGCAAGUCUUGUGACCCUUGGGCUCUCUUCCAUCACCGAGGGUUUAGGAGCUGCCUGGGGUGCUUCUCCCAGACCAGAACUCUGUUUAUUUUCCUCUUUUAUUUCUUCUGUGCAUUUUGGAAGGUAGCUAUGCAGAGCCCAAGCUUGGUUCUGUGAGCACUUCAUGUCCUGGGGGGUUCCCCCCUUCCUGCCAGACCCUCUUUUCAGCACCAAGUAACUGUGGUGGUGGUUGUGCUCGCUUUGAGGCCCUGCCAUGGACUUUAGGUGCUGUGAGCUUUUAGGAUUCAUUGGGGAUAUGAAAUCUGAGGGUGCCAGGAAGAGCCUGCUCAUCAUAGAAGGGCUCAGGCUCCAGGAACAAAACCUUGCUGCUCGGAGCUCUGCUUAACCAAAUCCCAAGGAGGGCAGGCGCCUGCUUGGUGAAGGGCUCUGUGUUUGUAAUCCCUUUUGCUACUGGACUGCAGCCAAGCACUGUGCAAGGCUGGGGGUUCCUGUGCAGAUGAGGCGUGUGGCUUGUUCCUGGGCCAGCUCUAGCCUCCAGUGAGGCUCUUAUUUGUCAGUGUGGCUUGUAUUUCUGGUGCUUGGGCUUAGUCCCUGGUUCUUUAGAAAUAUGUAGGCUUCAAGGGGAUUCACCCUGGCAAACUUUUAAGGGUUAAAACAACCUCACUCCUUACACUCUCAGAAGAGGGCUGGAGCCCUGUCACAGAUCCUUGUCAGUCCACUUCUUGCACUUGACAAGUGGACUUCAUAAACAUUGUCUGAUGAAACUCACAAGCACAACUUUUCACCUUUCCAAGUCCAAAGUCUUGCCACUUCUCCUUUGAACCUGCCCUGUCCUGCUAAUUUAGAUUAAAUCCAACAGUGUCUAAUGCUAAUUUUGCCAGGUCUGACAACAGAAAGACUUUCUAAAUUGCUGAAAUUUGUCUGGACCCAUUCCUCUGAGAACUUGGACUUCACCUUGAUCCAAUGGCACCCAGCCCUGCACAUCUUCAGGCCCUGCACCCUCAUAAAGGGGCAAAGCUUAUCAAAUUGUGUUUCAUGACAACAUCCUCUUCCUUGCGUUACUCUGGGCUAAGUUCAUGCUCAGUGCCUUAUUUGGAUGGCCUUGGAGCAGGCAGCAGAGCAGGGCUCUGGCAGCUUCCUGGUGCACACCUCUCACGCUGCCUCGUGGUAAUGCCACUGAAAGCAGGAUCUCAAUGCCUUCUACAUGCCUGUAAGGAUUAGGAAGGCACUAGAGCCUUUUCCAUUCUGGCCUUUCAAAAGUAUUGCCAAAAACACCCUUCUGAUAGGACUCUUGCUCUGUUUGGUGAACACUGGUGGUGUAGUCUGGCUUACUGUGAAUGAGACGCUCCCUUCCCAUCUAUCGCAGCCUUUCCAGGGCUGUCCUCAUGGUUCUGUGCUCCCCAGGCCACAGGAGCUGUUGUAGAGCCCCAGGGCAUCUCUUUGGCUUCAGCCAGUCCUUGCCUCAGCUUUGGCUGGCUGGAAACAACCCCAGCUCCUGACUCUGUGGGUUGCUGCUGGUGUAUCUUCUAGCUAUAGAUUCCUGAAGCCCUUAUCAGGGCAGGAGUACAAAGUAGUCACUCUCAGUUAGAGUUUAGCACCCUUAGUUUUGUGUCCCUUGGUAGCAACAAGGUUUUCUACACAAAACCCAAGAUAAAAUGUAGCCUUGCUCCCCACUGCCUUGCUGACCAGUGCUCUGCUUAAGGUGGUUGGGGUUUGGUUUGGAGUUUCCUACUGUUUUGGUUUCUAAUGGACAUUUUAUGGGCCAAUGAGUAUGGAACCUCUGUAAACCAACUUCAAGUGUCUUAAUAAAGUUAACCAGCAGGUUUGUAUACUAAGGACCAAAGCAAACAAAAACCCUAGGAUGAAAAAAAUAUCAUUCCACUCAGUGUUGAUUUAACUGUUCAGGGCAGUUCUGCUACUUGAGGAAGCAGGGGAUUCCUGUGCUCAAACUGUGUGUGCCAUUCCAGCUGUCAGAAGUGCAACUUGAUGUUUAUUUUACUGCUUGUCUCUGACCCAAAUGUUGUGCCAUGAGGAGUCCAAGUGGAAAGUGUGAGUAAGGAGUGGAUGAGCAGAGGAGAGGCAUCCCCAGCCCUGCCCGCUGCUGGGGCUGCUCCCCUCUCACUGCUGCAGUCGCCUUCCCCAGGCAGAACACAACUCCUUUGCUAUCACCAGGCAGCUUUUUGUCAUGGGUUCGACUCUUUGGUUUCUCCCAAGCUCACUUGUGAUGCACACUAGCUGCAGGAAGAGGCAGGAGCUGGCACAGAGGAGCAUGACCUUGGCCAAGUACUUUGAGACGGGGAAGUUUAGCUGUACAUUUCAUUUCAGGCAUCUGUAUCGAACUAGAAUCGAUUGACCAGGGAGAAGUGAGAAGCAUUCUGGGCUCCAGGCUUUAAUCAGUGCAGGAUCCUGGCCCGCUUACAGCUGCUAUCGUGGGUGUAAAACCACUCUUGUUGCCUAAUGAAGUCCCUGGUGAUGGCAAAGUGUGGCUGGGAAGGAGCACGUGAGCGUGACGUGAAACGCAUUAGGCUCUGAGCCUCUUUACAACAUAUGGUCUGAUCUGUACUGUCUUGAGUCGUGUUGAUUUGCAGGUCUGUGCUGUGAGUGAUACCCACCCUACAGACAGGUGGCAAAAAAAAAAAGGCUUUUGGUUUAAAAAACAAUGUAUUCUGCUUUGUGCGUGUAACCAAGUUGGACAGAAAGCAAACGUGCCAAUGCUGUUUACAUGACUAUACUGUGUAAUGCUCCUCUGUCUAAUGUUACCAUAUGCCUUAUGUGUGUCAAAUGUUAAUUAAAAGCAUAACAAAAAC